CUUCAGACCACUUCAAAACCCUUAGACACGUACUGCGGCAGUUUGUGUCAAAAACAUUUUGUGUGUACGUGUGUGUCGUUUAGGGACACACAUGUGCGAUACACAUAUUUUUUAAAUUCAGUGUAAAGAUAACGACAUCUUUACACUUUGCAAAGAUAUCAUUAUCUUCGAUGUCCAUCGCAAAUAAACAUCCACAAACCCGCUUAGAAAAUCAUAGAAAAAAAAGACUAACUCCAGAAACUCCCUGUGUUUUUUUUAAGUUUUCUUCAUUAUCAGAAUAAUUAAAUUAUCGUUGUUAGUUAAUUCGGCGGAUUUCAUUUUCCAAGAUGUAAACAAAUAUGGGCUUAAAAAUCCAAAUCUUGAAUUGUAGCCCACAUCUUAACUCACUGAGUUCAUGGUACCAUUAUACAUUCUGUUUCUUGCAAAAGUUUAAUGUACUAAUAGUAACACUAUCCGAAAGACUGUGGGAAGUCUAUUCUGCUCCGACUGGGAAAACUUUUUAUCAGUCAAAACUGGCAACAGUGUUUUACGACAGUUCUCUGCUACUUCCGGCAUAAACACAUGAACCCCCGAGCGACGAGAACAUGAGAGGUCAAAAGUUAUGAUCUUAAUCUUUACCGGACACGGAGCAUAACACACAGACAUGGCCAGUUCCAUGGUGGCAGUGGGACUGGCUCUGGCAGCAGCCGGAUUUGCAGGUCGCUAUGCCAUGCAGGCCAUGAAGCAGAUGGAGCCUCAGGUGAAACAGGCCCUCCAGAGCUUCCCCAAGACGGCCUUUGGAGGCGGGUACUAUAGAGGUGGAUUUGAACCAAAGAUGACCAAGAGAGAAGCUGCCCUUGUUUUAGGUGUCAGGUAUGUGGACACUCUUUCCACCACCCAGCACCGUGAAGCCCGUCCGUUAAUUAAGUCCACCAGUUGUUUGCCACUGUACUCUCCGCUACAGCAGAAAAUGUGAUAACCACUACUAAUC